AUGGCGCCCUCAAUCACAGGCACGGUCUCCGUGCGAGACACAACCACCCAAGCCCCUCGUCCCACCAACGGUGGCUCCAACAAGGAGCACUUGAUCGGAUACUCGAUCGACAAAGAGAAGGAGCUCAAGGGCACAGACAAGGUCGCUCCGGUAUCAUACCCCCAUUACCUCCCCGUGUGGGACAACGAAACCGAGCGCUACCCACCCUUGACCAUCUUCGAGCACUACGAACACGGCAAAGAUGCAGACCCCAGCUACCCGGACCUGUUCCCCAAGGACAAAGCCCAAAUCGACGAGAUCACCCCCUUCAUCGGCUCGGAAGUCCACGGCGUGCAACUAAGCAAGCUCAGCAACGCCGGAAAGGACCAAUUAGCCCGCUAUGUCGCUGAGCGUCGUGUCGUCGCCUUCCGCGACCAAGACUUCGCCGACCUGCCGAUCCAAGAAGCUGUCGACUAUGCCGGCUACUUCGGCCGCCACCAUAUCCACCAAACCUCCGGCGCCCCUAAGGGCUUCCCGGAAGUCCACAUCGUCUUCCGCGGCGCCGACGACCGUACCGGCGCAAAUUUCCUCGCCCAGCGCACAAACACCAUUACCUGGCACUCCGAUGUCACUUUCGAGAAGCAGCCCCCCGGUACCACCUUCCUGUAUUGGCUCGAUGGCCCCACGAGCGGCGGCGACACCCUCUUCGCCGACAUGGCACAGGCCUACAGGCGCCUGUCCCCGGGCUUCCAGAAGCGCCUCCACGGUCUCCGCGCCGUGCACUCGGGUGCCGAACAGAUCAACGCUAGUUUGAACGGCGGCGGCAUCGCGCGCCGCGAUCCUAUUACCACCGAACACCCUAUUGUCCGCACGCACCCAGUAACGGGCGAGAAGGCGCUAUAUGUCAACCCGCAAUUCACCCGCUAUAUCGUGGGCUACAAGAAGGAGGAAUCGGACUAUCUUCUCAAAUUCCUCUUCGACCACAUCGCGCUGUCGCAGGAUCUGCAGGCCCGUGUGCGCUGGCGCCCGGGGACGGUCGUCGUCUGGGAUAACCGGUUGGUGGCCCACUCGGCUGUUUUCGACUGGGAGGAUGGUCAAAGACGCCAUAUUGCGCGUCUCACGCCGCAGGCGGAGCAGCCGUAUGAGACUCCGUUUGAAGAGUAA